CCGCGCUCAAAACAACUGAACAUUGGCUUUUUCAAUUACUUUAAUACAUAACAUUCGGAUAUUUGCAAACGCAGCGUCAAAUCACGAUGGUGAAAGGCGUAUUGGUCACUGGGGCCAGUGGGCUUCUUGGACGUCAGGUACAGAGACAAUUCCAUCUUGAUGGCUGGAAGGCUGUGGGCACUGGCUUGAACAGAAUCAGUCCGCCAGAGGUGAUCAAGCUCGAUAUUCUUGACAAGAAUGAGAUUGAUCGCGUUCUUGAUGAAGUCAAGCCAGAAGUAGUAGUGCAUUGCGCCGCCAACCGCUUUCCUGACAAAUGUGAUGCCGACCCGGAGGCCGCAAAAAAGAUAAACGUUGAAUCAAGCCGUGCACUGGCAGAGGCAACAACCACGCGUGGCAUCUUCCUCAUCUACAUCUCUACCGACUAUGUCUUUCCCGGUGUACGUGGCCAAGCACCAUACAAAACCGAUGCGGCCACGGAUCCCCCAAACAUCUACGGCCAAACUAAGCUCGAUGGUGAGAAAGCCGUGCUAGGUGUCGCAGCGCAGAAACCGGAUGUGAAGAACAAGGUAGUCGUCCUUCGUGUUCCCGUAUUAUACGGAUCCUGCGACGAGCCCAAAGAGAGCGCUGUCAACAUCCUCAUGUCUCAACUAUGGGCCGCACAGAACCUGAAGGAAGGAGACCCCAAGAUAAAAGUGGACGACUACGCCCUGCGUUUCCCUACCAACACAUCCGACGUGGGACGAGUAUGUCGCGACAUCAGCAAGCUCUACACCGAUACGUCGAGUUCUGGAAAGGACCUGCCGUCCGUCCUGCAGUUCAGCUCCGAGGACCAAAUGACCAAGUGGGAGAUCGUGAAGACGUAUGCGGAGAUCAUGGGCCUUCCGUUGGAUAAUAUGGAGCCCUUCACGCCUGAGGAGAACCCGCAAGACGGUGUCAAGAGACCCUAUGAUUGUCAUCUUGAUACAAGCGCUCUGAGGGAGAUUGGUAUCGAUGUCAGCACGGUAGAUUUCCGCACUUGGUGGCGGAGAGAAGUACACGCAUUCCGUUAAUAGUCUUGUCUUUUAGUGUACACAAGGUGUCACAAAAUCAGUCUGUAAUCAUAUCCUACCAAAAGAUCUAAUUUCCAGCAUUCUGGAUAUGGUUACAUUUUUGAUCUACCCACUUGAUUUUGAGACAAGGCAACAGCUGAAAUGUUGCUAUAUAUUAAUCUUCGAGGCAAAUUGAGGCUUCCAGUUAGAUGAC